AUGCAAAAGCCCAUACAGAAUCCAGCCGUCGCAUCGACCCAAUCGGUUGCUGAAGGCGACCAGACGAACACGACGGCCAGUGCCACGGCAACUCAGCGAGCACCAGAAGCACUGGAGGAAGAGGGAGCCGCCGCCUCCGCCCCACCUUGCCCAGCUGGCCUGCCUGCCUGCCCCACCUUGUCGCCCUCUCUCCCUCCUCGUCCGUUGCCUGGCCGGCCGGCCGGCUGGUUCGCUAUCUCUUCCUCUCGCCUUCACUAUCGUGGAUGCUUUCAUUUAUCAGGCCGCCUGUUAUGCUCGCAUCCCACAAUGGGUCUGGUCUCCUGUCGAUCCGGCUGUCUGUCCAACCUGAUCGGCUGGCGAAGCUACCAGUUGAUUGGUCGACAGGUGACUGUCUCAGUCGUCCAGCCCAGCUUAGCCCAGCCCAGCCCAGCCCAGCCCAGCCCGGCCCGGCUCGGCUCGGCUCGUCUAGCCCAGGCCAAGGCGAGCACGUGUAGACGAGAGCGAAACAGCGAGACUACCCGACUGAGGCGGGAACGAGACUCUUCGACUGAGGCAGGAGCGAGACAGCUGGAGCUGGUGCGGCCGCGACGCUAUCUGCCGCGCCUGUCUGGCCGGCGCGACGCGAUCGAUAGGCGACCGAAAAGGCGGAAUAUACACACACUGAGCCGGCCGAUCUUGAACCUGUUGGACAAGCGUGCGUGCGUGCGUGCGUGCGUGCGUGCUGCUGGCGCGUCGUCCUCCACUGCUCUCACUGACCCUGACCGCAGCACAACAUGUCCUCGUGGCUGUAGCCCUACCAGGCCUCUAUCAGCUGACACAAACUCAGAAAUGCCCGUCACGAUUCGCCUCUCGAGUCAUCCGCUGCCGUCGCUGCCGCCACCGCCCCUUGAGGCAGGACCGUCAUUUCAGGCAUUUCAGACAAUCAUUGAGGCUAACUCGCAUUCCCAUGUUGGCGCAUGGGUUGCCCGUCUCGUUGCCAACUGGAAGAGGUAA